GUGCAACUGUGUUCUCGUUUGUCCAACGCUUCAAGACCACAAGAUUCAAAGAUUUUUCAAAGUCUUCAACUCAUUCACUACUCUAUAUAUAAAACACAAAUCCCACUCUUUCAAUCAUCAACCAACAACAGCAAUCCAAUAACUUGAAUCUUUUCAUACAUCUCUUCAAAAGAGUUUAAAAUUUCAGACAAAAAAAAAGUACAAAAUGGCUUUGGUUAGAAGUCUAUUGGGUGCAAAGAAGAUUCUUGGUCGUUCCGUAACAGCAACAGCUUCUACAAGCAAAAAAGAAACCAUGGCUGCGCCAAAAGGGUUUCUUUCGGUGUACGUAGGAGAAAGUCAGAAGAAGAGAUAUGUGGUGCCAAUCUCAUACUUGAGUCAGCCCUCAUUUCAAGCUCUUCUCAGCAAAUCAGAAGAAGAGUUUGGGUUCGAUCAUCCAAUGGGUGGCUUAACGAUCCCUUGUCCUGAAGAUACUUUCAUCAAUGUUACUUCUCGGCUUCAUUGAUGAUUAUCCAUCAUAUUGUUCAUCUAAUUAGAGAUAGACUUGUACCUUGUAAAUAGAGGAUUUUUUCUCUUCUUCUUGAAAGAGUUGUUCUAUAAUUUUUUGAAAGUGAAUGACAUAGACACAAUUCGCUCAAUAAUCUUUAAUGUCUUGUGCUCUUAUUUGAUCAUUACUUCA